AUGGCCGACCUCGCCGGCGCCAGGGCGGAGCCCGCGGAGGCGUGGGCGGCGAUGGCGGCCCCUCUGGCGGCCCCACCAGCGGACGCCGUCAUCCACGACAUCGCGGACGACGACCCCCCACCCCCGUGCUCGGCCGCUUCGAAAUCUAGCAUGAGCGGGAGCUUUCCAAAAAUUAUUUGGGUUGGCGCGAGCGGGAUCUUUGGGCGAAACUUUUGGAGCUUUCCAAAAAUUAUUUGGGUUGGCGCGCGAGACAAAAAAUCCUAUGCCGAAAAUAUUCGGGUUGGCGCGCGAGCCCAAGUUUCGGUCAAAACUUUGGGAGUCAAAACAUCGCCUCCUUUCCUUUCUCCCUCCGUCCGUCCCCACGCCGGCGCCGCCUCCUCCCGGACGACCUCGCCGGCCACGCCGCCCUUCUCCUCUACCACACCACCUUCCCUGCUCCCCCAGACCCGCGCCGCCUCGUGCCUCCGCGAAACCCAAGCGGAGCGGCUGCUGAUCCGGCGUCCAAGACCACCGCCCGACGCUGGCCCUCGCCGGCCGCCGCCGCCGUCCAGGGGCAAUGAGAGGCCCUCGACCGGCUGGAGAUGCACCAGUCUCGGCCGGCCAUGUCGACAAAGCAACACCACCAGCACAUCGGCAGAGGAUGAAGACGGCUGGAUCUCCUUCACGGCGUCCGCGUCGAGCUUGCUGGCCACGAAAAUGAAGAGGAGGUCCCCCAACUCCUGUCCCGGCACAUCCAAGGACAGGCCGCGCGCCGGAGCUGCUGCAGCUGGGCGUCUGGACAGCGACAAGGGCGCGCAAGGUGACGCCGUCCUGGACAUGGCCGACCUGGAGGAGGAGCUGUCCCAGAUCGAUCCAUACACCACGAUGCCCGCCCACACACCUAAAGGUCAUCAUCUUCGAGUUCCUCGAGGUCUGAAGAGGAGCUGGCUUGCUGGAAGGAGGAUGUGCCCCAGUUCGAUCUGAAUUCAGAAACAAUUCAUCACCAACCAGCCCUAGGCAGAGGCAAACCAUUCGACCCCUUGUGUCGUCCGUUUCGGCUCCGUCCGUGCCGUUGUAGUGGAUGUCGGUCAAUGGCACCUUUGGAGAAGGCUCUGGUUCGAAAUCUGCCUUGUGCAUGAUGUGUGGAAAGCUUUUGUGGCCAGUUGCACCAUAUGUCUGAUGAGUUCUGCAGCGGCGCAUGUGGCAUCCUUGCUAUUUACUUUGGCUUGAGAAGCAAAAUAGGCGUCAGUUUUGUUUCAUGAAUUGUGGUCUGGAUGUGCAAGUAAAGCAGGUCAUGGUAACACUUCUCAGUUGUUGAAGAGGACAUCCAGGUUAGCAGAGAAGCUGGCAGACCUGUAGCAGCAGAAGCCUGGUGCACCAUUUUCACCUGUUGGAAGCUGGAAGAAGACUCAUUUGUUGUAAUUGUCAAACAUCAGUGUCUGACCCAGAACUGAAACUUAUUCGAUUCAGUGCGUGUGUUUCUUAUGCUAGCUGAGUUUGAGUCUUAAAAUGCUUAGACAUGCUAGCAUGUGCAUAUUUGUUUGUGUGGCUGUCCCAGAAACAAGGUUGCUCAUGCCAAUUUGAUGAUUUUGCUGAUUAGUUGGAUUGACUAUGUCUUGUAUUUUCAUAGCGGAGAAAACUCUCAGAUUUUGGAAGACAAACAUGAAUUGGCAUA